AAGCAGCAGCAGCAGCUAAACUCCAGACAUGACCGGGCGUGAACUUUAGCAUGCAGUUAGCUCACAACUUCACUGAGAGUUAAAAAAAAACCCAGAAAGGCUGAACUCAGGCGGCUGCAGCUUCCCUUCAGUCGGAGGAAAUAAGGAAGUGAGCAGCUGACGGACCUCCAGUUGCUUUCCGCCGGAGCAAGAACAAUGGUGCACAGAUGUUGACCCGGAGCAGCAACCAGGAUCUUGACUUUCUACGUCAGCGUACGUGGUGGGGUCCGCUCCCUCUGUUCCGCCUCUCAGGACCUCCACCCCUCACCUCAACACAAGCUGUACCAGCACAAACGCACGUAGCUGUUAUCACAAACUCCAACAGACACUCCACUUUAUCACCGGGCUCCCAGACGUGACUCAUACAGUGACGGUCUUGCCCUGAUACCGGGUCACUUCCUGCUUUGCUGUCAUAGGCGACAUCUGGAGGAGGAGCCACCUGAUUCAGCCAUGUUUUAUAGGGGUAAGUGAUGUCCCAGACCUGUGACGGAGCAGGUGUUGGAGCAGGAGCAGGAGCAGGAGAAGGAGCUGGAGAAGGAGAAGGAGCUGGAGAAGGAGAAGGACGAGGGCGGUUCCACAGAGACGUUCCUCGGUUUGUGAUUGGCUGUGGGGAUGACGAGCAGGACAUGGGUCAAAUGGAGGCAGGCAUGAAGAACGAGAUGUUUCGAGAAGAGGAUAUGGAAGACGAUGAAGAUCAGUCGCCGCCAGAGCGACAGAUCGUGGUGGGCAUCUGUGCCAUGAUGAAGAAGUCCAAAUCCAAGCCGAUGACGCAGAUCCUGGAGCGCCUGUGUAAGUUCGACUACAUCGACAUGGUCAUCUUUCCAGAGGAGGUGAUCCUGGAGGAGCCGGUGGACAAGUGGCCGCUCUGCGACUGCCUCAUCUCCUUCCACUCCAAAGGUUUCCCUCUGGACAAAGCUGUGGAGUACGCAAAGCUCAGGAAUCCGCUGCUCAUCAAUGACCUCAACAUGCAGUAUUACAUCCAGGACAGGAGGGAAGUGUACCGGAUACUGAAGGAAGAGGGCAUCGACCUGCCUCGUUACGGCGUGUUAAACCGAGACCCCGACAAUCCUGAAGAGUGCAACCUGGUGGAAGGGGAGGACCACGUGGAGGUGAACGGGGAGGUGUUCCCUAAACCCUUCGUGGAGAAACCCGUGUGUGCCGAGGACCACAACGUGUACAUCUAUUACCCGACGUCUGCUGGAGGGGGCAGCCAGAGACUCUUCAGGAAGAUUGGGAGUCGUAGCAGUGUGUAUUCUCCAGAGAGCAGCGUACGAAAGACCGGAUCCUACAUCUACGAGGAGUUCAUGCCCACAGACGGUACUGACGUGAAGGUGUACACAGUGGGUCCGGACUACGCCCAUGCAGAGGCCCGGAAAUCUCCCGCCCUGGAUGGGAAGGUGGAAAGGGACAGCGAGGGGAAGGAGAUCCGUUACCCCGUCAUGCUGACCGCCAUGGAGAAACUGGUGGCUCGCAAAGUCUGCCUGGCCUUCAAGCAAACAGUGUGCGGGUUCGACCUGCUCAGAGCCAACGGCCACUCCUACGUCUGUGACGUGAACGGCUUCAGCUUCGUCAAAAACUCCAUGAAGUAUUACGACGACUGUGCCAAAGUCCUGGGGAACAUGGUGAUGAGGGAGUUAGCCCCUCAGUUCCACAUCCCCUGGUCCAUCCCCAUGGAGGCUGAGGACAUCCCCAUCGUCCCCACAACCUCAGGAACCAUGAUGGAGCUGCGCUGUGUUAUCGCCAUCAUCCGUCACGGAGAUCGCACGCCAAAGCAAAAGAUGAAAAUGGAGGUCCGGCAUCCUCUAUUCUUUGAUUUGUUCGAGAAGCACGGAGGCUACAAGUCAGGAAAACUAAAACUGAAGAAACCAAAACAGCUCCAAGAAGUGCUGGAUAUCGCCCGCCUGCUGCUGGUUGAACUCCGCCAGCACAACGACUGUGAGAUCGAGGAGAAAAAGUCCAAACUGGAGCAACUCAAGACGGUCCUGGAGAUGGAAUCCAGCGUGAAUGACAUUCAGUACGGUCAUUUCUCAGGUAUCAACAGGAAAGUCCAGCUGACCUACCUGCGUAACGGGCAACCUAAGGCCUCGAGCGAAGAAGAAGACUCUAAGAAGGACGGCCCCUCUCUGCUGCUCGUGCUGAAGUGGGGCGGCGAGCUGACGCCUGCUGGCCGGGUUCAGGCUGAGGAGCUGGGCAGAGCUUUCCGCUGCAUGUACCCUGGAGGCCAAGCCGGUAACCGGUCCCUUGGCUGUGAGUCCCCUAUUGAUUUUGGUGACUAUGCCGGGUUUCCAGGCUGUGGCCUCCUGCGUCUGCACAGCACUUACCGCCAUGACCUGAAGAUCUACGCCUCUGACGAAGGCCGGGUGCAGAUGACAGCUGCUGCUUUCGCAAAGGGUCUGCUGGCUCUGGAGGGAGAGUUGACUCCGAUCCUGGUUCAGAUGGUGAAGAGUGCCAACAUGAACGGACUGCUGGACAGCGACAGCGACUCUCUGACCGACUGCCAGCAGAAAGUGAAGGCCCGGCUGCACGAGAUCAUGCAGAGGAGCCAGGAGUUCACAGAGGACGACUAUCAGAAGUUGGCGCCGACUGGCAGCCCGUCGCUGGUGAACUCGAUGAAGAUCAUACAGAAUCCGGUCAAAACCUGUGACAAGGUGUACGCGCUCAUCCAGAGCCUCAACUCACAGAUCCGAAAGAGACUGGAGGACCCCAAGUCUGCAGACCUGCAGCUGUACCACAGCGAGACGCUGGAGCUGAUGCUGCAGCGCUGGUCCAAACUGGAGAGGGACUUCCGCAUGAAGAACGGCCGCUACGACAUCAGCAAGAUCCCCGACAUCUACGACUGCAUCAAAUACGACUCGCAGCACAACGCCUCGCUGGGACUGGAGGACACGCUGGAGCUGUUCAGGCUGUCCCGCGCCCUGGCAGACAUCGUCAUACCUCAGGAGUACGGCAUCAGCAAGGCGGAGAAACUGGACAUCGCUCAGGCUUACUGCGUUCCUCUGAUGAAGAAGAUCCAGCUGGACCUGCAGAGGACGCACGAGGACGAGGCCGUCAACAAGCUGCACCCUCUGUAUUCCCGUGGCGUGAUGUCUCCGGGUCGCCACGUGCGCACACGCCUGUACUUCACCAGCGAGAGCCACGUGCACUCCCUGCUCAGCGUGUUCCGCUACGGAGGGCUGCUGGAUGAUGAAAAGGACCAGCAGUGGAAGCAGGCGAUGGACUACCUGAGUGCCGUGACUGAACUCAACUACAUGACGCAGAUCGUCAUCAUGCUGUACGAAGACAACAACAAGGACCCUUCCUCAGAGGAGCGUUUCCACGUCGAGAUUCACUUCAGUCCAGGAGUCAAAGGCUGUGAGGAUGAGGAGAACGUUCCUCUUGGUUUCGGCUUCCGCCCAGCCUCCUCUGAGAACCAAGAUAAAAAGCCCAAUCAGGGGAGUCUGGAGGAUCUCUCCCAGGAUCAGCUGGACCAGGCACUUCCUCUCUCCGAUCCAAUCAACAUCCAGCGGAAGUCGCCUAUGAUCCGCAACCGCAAGACGGGCUCCAUGGAGGUCCUCUCUGAAACCUCUCCCAGCCAGUCCUCCAAAGGCAGCACGUCUCACCGCCUCUUCCCUUCAUCGUGUUCACGGCAGUCUCCUGAGAUCAAACCAGCCAGUGGCUUAGGCUCGCUCUGCUCCGGCCUCUUCAGUGCCUCGGCCCUCGGGGUGUCCUGUAGCGCCCCCAACCUGCGGGACUAUGUCCGCACGCACCACCUCCUCCACCGAAAACCUCCUCUGUCCCCCGGCAGCCUGCCCAUCGGCGUGUUUGAGCUGUUCUCUAUGCCGCCAGUAAAGAGAUUUUCUGUGUCGUUUGCCAGGCAUCCGACUAAUGAGCCCUCACACCAGCUCCCUGUAAUCCAGCUUCCCAGCGAGUCGUCCCUGCGGGGGUCAGCCCCUCUGGCUGUAGACGGAGCCGUAGCCCACCACCUGCGCCACUGUCCCUACCACCUGCACCUCCUGGAGAGCUGGCUGAAGUCGGGUCUGCAGCUCCCAGAGUCCCCCCACGGGUUCGAAGGCUGCUCCAUGGUGCCCUCCAUCUAUCCUCUGGAGACGCUGCACAACUCGCUCUCUCUGAAGCAGGUCGACGAGUUCCUCAACACGGUGUGCGAGAGCAGCAGCGAGGCCCACGCCAAGACCAUGAGAGCACUCUCCUGCCUGUUUGACUCUCAGAGCCAGACGUCGCUCUACAGCCCUCAGCCGCAGCUCUCCUCCUCCGGAUCAGAGACAUCUCUGCGGCCGCCGAGCCAGCCGCUGUGGCAUGGCAGUAUCCCCUCCAGUGCUGUUUCCAGUGCGGGCCCCUCCUCCCCGAACACAGAGAGCCCCGGCGUGAACUUCAGCUUCAGUGAGUGAACUACCACAAAACAGCACAAGGACUUCUGGGUAUUUAAGGACAAGAUCUAAAGGCUUCGGUUUCUGCGUUUUUCACUGUGCUUUCAACCCGUCUUUUCCUCUAUCCUGCUGCUUUAAAUUCACACCAAAAAACACUGGAGGAGAAUCUGCUUAAAGUUUAAAAACACUGAGACUGUGCACAGACUCCUAGCUUCCCGCUCUGAGAAAAUAUGGACACUCUGGACUUUGAACAUUUGGAAAUUACCUCGAUCCUCCUCUUCAGUUUGUUGACACAGUACUGAAACCAGCUCCAGCAGUGCAUCAAGCCAACUCUGAGACCAGCGGUGCCUACAGUUUAAUUUGGAUGCUGCCUUCGCUGACUCGACAAUGAAAACAACAACAACACCUGUUUGUUUUUUGUUUUUAAGCCCAAAUGCUGAUGGUGGUUUUUCCAAACACAAUCUCACACACCAGCUGCCUCAUAUCUGACCUCAGACUACAGAAAUGCAUUACAGACUGAGUCAAAGUGUCAGCAAUCAUUGAUUCUCAUUUGAGAUUCAUGUUGUGCUGCAACAAUGAGGCUAGCCAAUCACAGUAAUUCACAUCUUGAAAACAAACAGCCUAUUUUUGAAAUUCAAGUGAAAUCUGGGCCCAUAUUCUGUUAGCAGCAAAAGUCUGCAGACAGUUAAAGUUAAAAGCAACAGUUUUUGGUUGUUAAAUUAAAGCACAUCUGCCUUAAAUAUGAAGCCCGUUAGCUUAGCACAAAGCUACCGAAACUAAAACGCCUGUUCACACAUCAUGUGUGCUUUCGUUUGUAUGGUCAGUGUAAAAACAACCACUUGAGAUUUUAGGAGCCAGACUAUUUCUUAGCUCGGUGCAGUAUCUUUUUUGUAUGACUCAAACAAAUAGGAAAUACCAUUUUAAUUAUUGAGACAAUUUUUUCGUUACCAAAUGAAUGAAACGAUAGCCUAAGAACGGCCUCUAUUUAAAUACCAAGAUCAAAAUUGGAUUUAUCUAAGUGCUCUGAACCAUCGAGUUACUUGCUGUCACCUGAUUAUUGUGUUAAUUUCUUUCAAACUAUACAACAUUUCACAAUUUUAAGUGUUUAUUGUAUGUAAAUUCGAGCCAGCUGAAUCAAAAUGCUGUUAAAUAGAAGAAUCUAAUAUUAAAUUAAUAUUUAAAAUAGUUUUGUAGACACUGUGGAUCUCCUGCUGAUUUUUAUCUAAAAAUGAUUUAGAGAAAACGUGUGGUUUAGCUGUAUCUUAGAUUUUAAGGAAAAGAACCACUAAAAAUAGUAUAAAUGGUAUUUUUCAUAAUAAAAAACUACCCGAGUCAUGUCAGCUAUUAUCAGCUGUUCCACCAAAUGACGUGUACUCACUAUUUUAAGGUAUAAUAAAUAAAAAUGCCGGGUUUUUCAGGUAGAAAUGUCCAAUGGGAGUCGAUUCAGCUGUAAAUCUAAGAAAAAAUGAAACACAAAGAAAAGUUGUUGUUCAAAGUUCAAACACUGCAAACAUGUAUACAGAAAUGUCUAUAUAUACAUAAUGAACGUCUAAAUAUGAGUAGUAAAACAUCUCCCUGCUUUAACGGUUGAAUUAAAAAUGAACUCUGACUCCCAAGACCUGGAAACUUCUGCUGUUUGUUUGUUAAUGUUCAUGUUAUAGAUUUGAGUAGGAUAAAGAUUUUCUUAAUUCCACAUUUUUGUUGUAGGAAAUUUCAGUUGUGUAUUUAUGAGAUUAUUUAAUGUGUUAUUUAAUGUCAGCCGAAGAGGGGGAGGUGUGUUUAUGUGUUUGUGCUGCUGGACAACAAAGUUGUGUUUGUAAACAUGUGUACAAUAAUCUGUUGACCUUUUAGAGGUUCAGGUCGGGCUGACAUGUUGGAAAGAGGACGAGUAGGAUGUAAUAAAAAAAAUAAUUAAA